AUGAUGCGUGACAUCGUCUUUCUGCUCUCGUUCGUCGUGGGCGCUCUCGCCAGCGGCACCUGUGAUGUUGCUGUGCCCGACCAUGAGCAGGUGUGCGAUCACUCUACAUGGGUGUGUCGGAUCGUGUGCAAUGCGGGAAUGCUCCCGGGCAUGAAGGCGAGCAAGUGUGUGUCGAAGCACUGCGCCAGCCACAACCGACGGAACCAGCACAUCGUCCAAAAGAUGAUCGCUGCGAGCAGCAACUAUUGCAGCAGGGACAUCUGCUUCCUCCAGGAGUCGGAGGCAACUGGUUUGCUGCAGAAGCCGCGGUCAGGCAAUGCCCAGCUGAUGGCCACUCAGGUCAAUGCCUCCAAGGGUUGCCUCAGCGAAGAAGAUGUGUGCGAUGGAUUCUGCAAUGCCUUGAUGGGCAAAGAAGACGGCCACAAACCUGUGGACGCGCAAUGCAAGGAGAAGUGCAUGGCCUGCGCGAAUGACAUUGCGGAUGCCUUGGAUCACUUCUGCGAUUCGUGCGAGCCAGCUGGCUACCCGACUGAGACCACCAGUACCACGGAGGAGGAGUACCAGACAACCACCUCCACCACCUCCACCUCCACCUCCACGACUACCACCAGCACUACUACAACUACCACUACUACCACGACGACCACCACCACCACCACCACCACCACUACCACCACCGAGAAGUACUACCCGACCACCACUGAGGAUGAUGAUGACGACAUGACCACCACCGAGCCUCAGACGACCACCCUUUAUCCUUCUCCUCCUCCCGGCUACCCAAUGCCCAAGGACGAUGAUGAUGACGCGGAUGACCCGAAAGACGACAAGGAUGGGAGCCGUCGCCGCCGUCGCCGCCGAAAGGGUGGUGAUGAUGAUGACGGUGGACGCCGACGCAAGGGAGGCAAGGACGACGACGGCAGCCGUCGCCGCAAGGGUGGUGAUGAUGAUGAUGGUGGACGCCGCCGCAAGGGAGGCAAGGACGACGACGGCAGCCGUCGCCGCAAGGGUGGAGAUGAUGAUGAUGGUGGACGCCGCCGCAAGGGAGGCAAGGACGACGACGGCAGCCGUCGCCGCAAGGGCGGAGAUGAUGAUGAUGGUGGUCGUCGCCGCAAGGGUGGAGAUGAUGAUGAUGGCGGACGCCGCCGCAAGGGAGGCAAGGACGACGACGGCAGCCGUCGCCGUAAGGGUGGUGAUGAUGAUGACGGUGGACGCCGCCGCAAGGGAGGCAAGGACGACGACGGCAGCCGUCGCCGCAAGGGCGGAGAUGAUGAUGAUGGUGGUCGUCGCCGCAAGGGUGGAGAUGAUGAUGAUGAUGGCGGACGCCGUCGCAAGGGAGGCAAGGACGACGACGGCAGCCGUCGCCGUAAGGGUGGUGAUGAUGAUGAUGAUGGUGGUCGCCGCCGCAAGGGUGGAGAUGAUGAUGAUGAUGGCGGACGCCGCCGCAAGGGAGGCAAGGACGACGACGGCAGCCGUCGCCGUAAGGACGAUGAUGGCAGCCGCCGCCGCAAGGCUGACUACCAGCCCAUUUACUUCCAGCAGGAGUGA